UAACAAGUGUUUCUCUCUUUCAAAGAAAAGCAAUUAUGUUUUAAAGAAAAAAGGCCUAUUGCGGACAUGCGGUGAUCGGGUGUUUAAAGAUGACGCACGAGAGGUACGACAGAUAAGGGAGAUGAUGAGCAUCUUGCCGUGAGAUUCUGGAUCACAAAUUAUGGCUGAGCCUGUGGAGGAUGAUGUAAGUUACCUUGGAUCACAAGAGGUAGCAGACUAUAUAUCCCCCAAUAAAGAGAACACCCCUGCUACACAGUACCAGAACACAACUUCUGACCCAAGGACACCAGACCACAAAGCAGCUGGGGUCUUCAGAACACCCUUGGUGUCUUCACAGGGUAAACAGGAUAAGAAAACUGUUGGGCGUGUCUUACCCAGUGGAGGUGCAGAACGAGUUUCUCCUUACAAUUCAAGCAGUCCAGUCACAAGUCCACGUACCCCAGACAGAAACCCAAAUUACAACAUUGAUGCCUCAGGCUCCACAUAUGCAUUACAGGUUGCUCUCAGAAACAUGAAGGAGCGAUACCACAAACUUCAGAAGAAAAUGGCCCUUAUAGAAGAUGAUAACCAAAGGCUUAUUAGUGGCAAGUCUGAGCUUUUUGGCGAAAUUGGAAAACUGCAGGAAAAUAGCAUCAAGCUGCGUGAGAAAAACCUGCACUUGAACCAAGAGAUUCACAAUAAGCAUCAGGAAUGUUGCUCUCUGAAGGAGAAGUUCUCUGCUCUCUCGACAGAGAACAUGACCCUGACAAGACAGCUGGCAAGAACUGCACAAGAGAACAGGAAGUUAACAAGACAGGUUAAUCAGAUGAAUGAUGAAAAUCGCCGCCUUAGAGAAAAGCUUAGUCUGAUAACCACCCAGGUGAAAGCCCUCCCUGGCGGGGCAUGCCUGGCCAUGUCUGUGUCAGAUGUUGCCAGUCCACCACGAACUAAGAUUGUUCCCCUCUCAGAGGAGCUUGACAGUUUUGAUGAUCCUCCUUCGAGAUUCCUUUCAUCAUUAAAGGAUACAUUAGAUGAAUUUGAACAGAUUAGUAGUAGUGAGCUUGCUGAAGUGAAUUCUGAAUGGGAUGAGGAGAGCAGUGAUGAACAGCUUAUGGAGUCAGUGGAGUCUGCAGCACAACGCAUGAAAGACUUGCUCUCUAGCCUGCAGGAACAAAAUCACAGCCUCCUCCUGUUGUCUCCUCUCUUGCAAUCGUUCAAUUCAACAUCUGGGUCUCGUACUGGAAGUUCCCCAUUUGAUACUGACAGCAAAGAGAAUGCCACAGGGCCAUCCAGAAACGGCACCUUAAACCAGCGAGACCGUGACCUCUCCACUCUGACAGUGACCCCUUCCACACACUCUCAGAGUGCCACUCAGACUGGAGAUGAAACAACAUCUGAUGAGGAUGGAACAUGUCAGAGCCGGUUAGCAACAUGUGGAUCUGUACUUAAUCCAACCUUCAUCUCUACAGGAGGAAUGAACACGAGUCAGACAACAGAUGACAGUGGAGGGGACAACAACAUUUUGGUGGAUGCAACCACUCCAACAGCUGAUCGGCCCCAAAGUCCAUUUGACUGGAGACAAGUCCAGGUGAGUGAUGACGAAGGCCGAGAAAAUGACAUGUUACAGCCAGACACACGCACGGUCAGCACAUCACCAGACCCUGACUUUAGAGGAUGAAGAGGAACGCAUCUGUCCAAUGUGCAAUGCAGUUUUUCCUCGGGUGAUACCACAAGAAUCAUUUGAAUCUCAUGUUGUAAGUCAUUUUGAAGUUGAAAAUGGAUUUGAAGUCAUUGCCUAGUGAAAAGAAUGUUGUGCUAUCAAAGGACAUGGCUGUGUAGCUCAUGAUUUUGAAAGCUAAAAAUUAAGGCUUCAAGUUUGUCUGCCUUAUUCUAACUGUAUUUUGAUAAAAAUCCUAGAGAUUUAAAUUAAGAAGUGGGUUAAUGUCACAAAAUCUUCAUUUGAGAAACAAUCUAAAGUAAAAGGUUGAUUUCUUUAUUGGUUGAUAUAAUAUAUCCUCUGUGAUAACACCUUGCAAGGUAGCCUUUAUAAGUUACUUAAGAAAUAUUUUAUAGGAGGAUAAGGGUAAGAGUGAUAUUUGUAAACAAAAGUAUUUAUGAUUAGAUCUUGAUCAUGUAAUUUCAAGGACCCCAGUCUGUUGUAAUUUUCAGUACAUUAUGUUUAAGGAUAUGGAAGUACCAGUUUCAUUAGCAGUUCAGUCCAUUGCCAUUUUUAUUUUUGUUUAUUUUUAUUUUUAUCUUUUUAUCUUUAAUUUUUCAAAAAAGUUUUGUUCAGUGCAUGGUUGGGUGACUGGAAUCAGGAUGUGUAUACUCUACCCCACCAGGCACCUCUACCCCACACUCCUCAGUUAUCCUGGAUAGGCCUAACCUGCCACACCACUCUCAUUGAAUUUGGUGCACUUUUAAAUUGUCAUGCCUGCAGAAUAUGAAAAUGUCCUUAGAUGUGAACUGGAAUCUGGGAGAUGAUGCUUUAAACCACCUUCAAGUCUAUGGUGAGGUUAGGACCUCAGUUGGAAUAACACAUAAGGUGCUAAGCAUAGACUCAUGAGGGUAAUCUACCCUUUCUUGUUGCAAGUGACAGAAAAGAUUGCAAAUCAAAGAAUUAGAGCUAACUCUUAUUUUCAAUAUCUUUUUAUGGACAUUCUAUUCAAACCAUUGCUGAUAUGUACAUGCCAUGUCCACUGUGAUUUUAGUUUAUUAAGUUCUAGUUAACUCACUCUUUUUCUUGAUUUUUGGAAAGUUUAGUGUAUUAUUUAUGUUAAUAACACUAUGAUUGUCAAAAUGCCAGUGCUAAAGAUUGCUAUUGAUAUUAAUAUAUCAAUAGCAUUAGAUAUUUUCCAAAAACUCAAGGAAAAAAAAUCAGGUGAGGUCACAUACGCCUACAGAUUGACUCCUUGGUGGCUGAACAUUUGUGGAGCCAGCUGUGUGUGAAGACAAUUCACAAAAUAAAACUGCAGUGGGCAUUACAUGGUCCCAGUGGCAAUGGGUUAAAGACAAGAAUUUAAAAUUGAAUUCCCUCCAGAUUUACAUUACUUAACAUUGGGUGUAUGACACACUUGAAUGAAAGGAAAAUGGCCAAUAUGAAACUUUAAGAAGGAAUGUUAGUUGUUUAGUUUUAUAAAUGCUUUCAUAGUACAUUUGAUAAUUUCCUUUUCAUUGUUAAUAUUCAUGGAAUAUAUGUUAAUGUUUAAUGAUGAAUAUGUUUAUCAGGGUUUAUCAAUGGAAAUAAGGUUUUAUAUAAACCCCAAAGUAAAUAAGAGUUGCAUAAAAAAUUGAAACAUGAUUUAUUCAGUUUGAACCAUAAGCAGCAUGCUGGAAUUUGAAAGCAGAGAAAAAAUAUCUGUGAUGGUAGAUGCUUUUAAUAUUAAUAUUAUAAAUUAGACUUAGUUUAUUAUCUGUAAUUUUUUUAUGUUUGAGAGAAUCUAAUAUAAGUGUUUACAAACACGUGGUAUUAACAAAGGCAUCUUUAAAUAUUUCAAGUGCCUUAUAUUUUUAUGAUUCUGUGAGAACCAAAGAACAUGGUUGUACAUCAAUGUGAUAGAAUUAUUGAAUACUUAAAUAAUGGGAGUUAACAGUGACAACUAUGCAAUAAUGACAAUUCUUUGUUAGUUAUUAUAGAAUUACACAUUCAUUUUGUAUUUAUGUAUAAAUCAUACACAUUCACAAAGACACUUUCCUUCUUUUUCUUCUCAAUGCAGACUUUGAUUCAGAAUCUCUAAAAAGGAAAAUAAGGAAUACUGAUAUUACCAAAGGAUUUUUUUAUGGCUAUUAAUGUGAGCAGUUUGAUUAAGUUUCCUAGAAUUACUAUAGUAAUUUCAUAGAAUUAUCAACUUUGUCUUUUCUGAACAGUGUAUUAAAAUAGUUUCAUGAUGAAAUUAAUCACAUUUUGUUUGUGAUAUUAAAUAAAUUUCUGUUGAAAAUAAAACUAGAUUAUUAAAUUUCAUAUCUUCUUUCAUCAUGAAAAUGUGAUAUUCCUCUAUCAGAAACAGUAAAGAGGAAGGAGCCCUUUGAGAGUUGGAUUUGUGAAUUUUUACCUUAUUUAUUUGCCAAAUAAACCACAAGCUACCUUUAUAACCAUGUUCUGAUAUUCAGCUGGGUCCCAUAAUAAGUCUUGCUUGAAGCUGGUACAAAUUUGUAAGCAGUGAAAAGUAAGUUAUUGUUGAAAUGUAUUGUACUUUGAAGAAAUGAAAUCUUGCAUGCAACUGGUACAAAUUUUCAGGCAGAGAGAAGUUUGUUAUGAGUACUAUUUUUCUUUUGUUUUAUGUAAUUUCAAAGGAUUUGUGGUUUUCAGUAGAAGAUAUUGAUUGUAAUUGUACUCAUGAGAAAGGGGAUUUGUUAUUAGAUAUAGUAAAAGAAAAUUUUUAUUGUGUCAUGUUCAUUUUUAAGUCUUCUUGUUCUCUUGUUCUGUACGUAAUUUUAUAAAACCACACAGACGUUUUUGCACAAUAUUUUAAAAGAUAAUAACAGUUAGUGUCACAUUAGCACUUCCUUAUUUGAAUUCCUGUUAUUGGUACAAAUGUAACAGUGGACCAGCCAUUGUCAUCUCGUAUGAAAUGAGGGAAUAAUAGAUACCUCAACAACCAUGUGGUGAUUUUACUAGCCACCUGAUUUCUUUUUUGUAUGUGUGUGUUCUCUUCAGCUGAGAAUUUUUCAUAGUAAGCAAACUAAACCCGACAUGACGGUACCAGAAAUCUUAUGGCAUCACUGAUUCUAGUGACUUCUGGCAACCGUCCAGCCAUUGGGCCCCUGAGUCCACUGUGUGCAGCGGAACUUCGCACAUGACUCACUCUAGCUUGUUGUGACACCUAUAGCCUUACCCAUCAUGAUGAGCUGGUUUUUCAUGAUGGCUAUAGGUGUGCCCAGCAGUAAGAGGUUAACAAGAAGUGCUAAUGGUACAUUAACAUAAGUGCUUACUCAUAAUACAUUUUGGUUUAAUCAGUAACCACAUUCUAUCCCAAUAGAAUAGGCAUUAACCAACUUAAGUCUUAAGUUUCCCUGCUCCUGGGAAUAUCAUAGUCUUCAAGAUAUUCUACCAUGCCUUCUUCCUUGAUGUGUAUCUCGUUAUAGCAAGAGGUAUUCAUUUCUCUGCUUUAAAAUUGCUGUAUAAGUGAAUAACUGAGUUAUAGUGGUAAGUUCUCAGUAUUCUAAAGUAUAUGUAUUUAUCCUUUGAUAGGUUGACAUAUUACUGAUGUAAAUGAUAAUUACUUAAAUUUGUAAGACUAUGCAACAGAAUACUACAGGUGAUGGUAUGAUUUAUUGUAAUGUGGGUUGCUAUGUAAGGUGUGGACAGUAUUCUGUCUGAGGGAAUAAAGGAUGAGAUAAAUUAAUUCAUAUCCUGUAAAAAAUCAUUUGGAUGCUAUUGCUUACUUGAACAUAUUAGAGUAUGUUACAUUUACAGUUAUUUUUGUUGAAUAUUAUUGUGAUUAUUAGAAGUAUUAUUUUCCUUGAUGUAAGUAAAACACAAAGUUAAAAGAUAUAUAAUUAGUUUCCCACUUGUAUAGAUGUACAUAUUUCUACCUUAUUCCAAGUGGAUUAAAUAUAAAGUAUAUAUAUCCAUAUUAAUAACUAUUGCAAUUUACAUAUUUCUUGAUAUUUGUUAUACAGUUUAUGUUAUUGAGUACGUUCAUCAUAGUAUUGAAAUAUACAGAUGUUGUGAAGAAACUGUUAUUUUUUAUGUAUAAAGUGUGAGUAAUAUUGUAAAAUAUACCUUGUUUACAGUA